UAGAGCUUUCGUCCGUUUCUCGCCGGAACCAUCCCUGGCGUAUUUAUCCCAACCCCAACCGUUUACCCCACCGUCUGCUGUGAUAAAAGAGCACUUGGAGCGUUCGGGUAUCGCCGUCUGAGAUGCGGAUACGACGAUGUGACAAGUAACAUGAGUAAGCAGCAAAUCAAUUGCCUAUAUUCUCUUCCAAGGCCACUCCAUAUUAAGCCCUCCUGCCUUCGGCGCUCAAAGAUGCGACUGAUCUCUGGAUGAGUUCCACCAUUCUGAGAUCUUUAGUCUCACAACCACCCAAUAGCAAUGUCAGCAGAUGCGUCUCUCUUCUUCAAUCGUGUGCCUUCAACGAAGCUGUCAACCGUGGACAGCAGGCUCACUCAUGGAUUAUCAUCAACGGCUUACAGCAGAUCCCUUUCUUGGUCACCAGCCUUAUCAAUAUGUACUCGAAGUGCCACCAGCCAUGGGAAGCUGUUAAGGUUUUCCGUCACACAAUUGAACCAAAUGUGUUCGCAUGGAACGCCCUCAUUGCUGGCCUCGUUCACGGCCAUUACUUCUCUGAUGCAGUUGGUUUCUAUCACGAGAUGAAAGCCAGCCAUGUACGUGGAGACAAGUUCACCUACCCAUGCGUGCUUAAGGCUUGUACCAAUCUGCAGGACUCUUGGGAAGGCAAGAAAGUCCAUGCUGGCCUGUUUAAGGGAGGGUUGCAUUUGGAUGCUUUCAUUUCUGCUUCCCUGAUCAAUUUCUACUUGAAAUUUGAUGCCCCAGAUGAUGCACGCCAACUGUUUGAUAAAAUGACUGAGCGAGACGUUGUAUUGUGGAACUCGAUGAUUAGCGGGUAUGCGCAAAGUGGUAGAUAUGUUGAAGCUUUGGAGGUGUUUCGGCUGAUGGAAGAAGAAGGAAUCGAACUCAGCAAGUAUACGGCCACCGGGAUUCUGUCAGUCUUAGCAGCAAUGGGGGACGUUGAAAGAGGCAGAAAGAUUCAUAGUUAUGUUAGGGACCAUAGAUUCCAUGACGAUGUUGUGGUAUGCAACUCCUUGAUAGAUAUGUAUGGGAAAUGCAAGAGCUUGGAAGAGGCUAGGCAAGUGUUUGAUGAAAUGCCGCAGAGAGAUAUGGUUUCGUGGAACUCCAUUAUUUCUUGUUAUUCACAGUCUGUCUAUCAUGAUGAGACUCUGCUCCUGUUUGAUGAGAUGAGGGCAAGUGGCUUUAGACCAGAUGCUGUUACGAUUACUGCAGUCUUGCCAAGCUGUGCUCAUUUAGCAGCACUCAAACACGGACGGGAGAUUCAUGGCUAUACCAUGAUGAAUGCCAUGGGGAGGGAUGAUGUCUUUGCCCAGAAUGCUAUCAUGGACAUGUAUGUGAAAUGUGGGAGCUUGAGAGAUGCACAGUUAGUAUUCGAUAACAUCCCUGAAAAGGAUCUGGUAUCUUGGAACAUCAUGAUCACUGGGUAUGGCAUGCAUGGUUAUGUCAAGGAAGCGCUGGAAAUGUUUGAGGGAAUGCAGAUGGCUGGCAUGAUGCCGGAUGAGAUCACUUUCGUUGGUGUGUUAUCUGCAUGUAGCCAUGCUGGUUUCUUUGAUUGUGGCGUUGAGUUGUACAGGCAGAUGCAGUCUAAGCAUGGAGUGGUGCCAACAGUGGAGCACUACGCCUGCACAGUUGACAUGCUUGGUCGUGCUGGCCGCUUGCAUGAGGCUUACUCUAUCCUGCAAGACAUGCAUAUUGAGCCCAAUCCGGUGGUUUGGAGGGCAUUUCUUGGUGCAUGUAGACUGCACGGGGAAACAACUUUGGGAGAGGUGGCUGCUCGCCGUCUGUUAGAGCUCGACCCUGAGCACUGUGGGAACUAUGUGUUGCUAUCCAACAUCUACAGUGACGCAGGCCGCUAUGAAGAAGUGAGUGAAGUCCGGAGGGAGAUGAAGAGUCGAGGAGUGAAGAAAAUGCCUGGCUGUAGUUGGAUUGAACUCGAUCAUGGGGUGCAUGCUUUUAUUACUGGUCUUCGUGCAAAUCCUGGAUCUGAUCAGAUCUACGAACUUUUGCAUGUAUUAAUGGGGAUGUUGCGGGAACAUGGUUACGAGCCGGAUGUGGGUGUUGCAAUUACAGGAACAUGAUGGCAUACCCGAGCUGGCAGACUCGCCAGAGUUGUUGGGUUCUUGCUUAAGGGUGGAGAUUGAUAUGUUCGUCCAUUGGUGCUAUUUUUACUGGAAUUAUUUCCUGCGAUUUGCUUCUUUGGUGAAGGAAUGUGAAGGCUUCAAGCAGGAGAAGAGCCAGGAUUUUUUUCAGGGGCGGGCCAAACAAUCUGCAGGUCGGGCCAAAAGGAGCGAGUAGGGCUAAGAGGAGCGACGGGUAGGGCCAAGAGGAACGACGGGUCGGGCCAAACUAAAAAAAAAUUGAUUUUUUCAAUAUACAUUUUUUUUUCCCUGCGUUCACCCGAGCCAUGGCCUGGGCGGCCACCCCUCCCUCCGCCCCUGGCCUCAAGGGGUGUAGUAUAUGGCUGGUCGACUUGAGGGUCAUGCAAAUGACGUAUCAACAGUUUGAUUCCCAUGAAUGUUAUUUCUUUGAACGGUAAAGAGCGGUAUGCAAGGCACUCAAGUUAAAAAAGUGUACCAUAGGACCAAAGUCUUGAAACAGCCUUCGACCUUGGAGAUGGAAGGAAGGGGCAGUCGCUUUCACCUCUAGUGUAUCACCUGCCUGAGCAAGGAAGAUUAAAAGCUUUUUAUACCAAUUUGAAAUGUAACAUACUGAUUCAUUAUGCUUGCUAUACCCAGAAACAGUUUCUACGUCUUCGUUGCGGAAGACGUAGAGCACACCAUUUUUCA